CGUUGGAAUAAAAUCUUGACGGUUUUUCUAUGCCCCUAUUGUUCGUUGUCAUACAUAUUUGUUAUAAACACGCACACAUGGAGUCGCUGUAAAUGUUGACAUUGCUAAAAAGGAGAAGUAAUUCCAUCAAGUCCGUUCCGCCUAUUUGUUGAUCCAGUAUUAUUCGGAAGCUUGCAGUUUCUUACAAAGUAUUCCUAGUCAUGCUAGUCACAUGUGAAGCUUUGGUUAAUAGUUGUUUGAUCAUUUUGCUUCCCAUAUCUGACAGAGGCAUUUAUCAAUUAUUUUUAAACAUUUAAUGUUGUUAUCGUUUGAUAUAGUACGUGAACUUAAAGUUGCGUAAGGACUAUGCAGACAAAGAAAGCAGCAGCAUUUUGGAAACUCGUAUUACAUAACUUGACUAACAAGUAUGUACUGAUUUUUAUGGAGAAAAGAAUAGAGUAAUAUUUGAGAUUAAAUUUUGGAAUUUGUAACACAUUGGAGAAUACACCCACGAAAGAUAUUAAUUAAUGAUAUAUACAUUUUAUUGGGACUCUAGAUACUGAGUUGACAAAGUAAUUUGUUUACAGUAAUAUAGUCAGGACAAAACAAAAUUGAUAAAUCACUUAAAUAGUUGUUAUUGUGUAACGUGCAAUAGAUGAUUUUACAAACGGAUUUGAUAUUAAAAAUACAGUUUGAAAAGAAGACAUGACAGACGCCAAAAGAAGCUAGCAACGGAAUAAUUUCUUCCGGAUUCAAACGAAACUAUAUCAUUAGAAACGGCACGAUAGUAUUAUUGAUGAACAGGAAUCGAAUCUUUUUUGAAAUAACCAUGCAGUAAAGUUAUAAAAAGGAUUAGUCUUAUGAAUGAUAGUUUGACUACUUCUAAUACCCGAAAAGAAUUUAUUAUACAACGAAUUUUAUCUUCACACAGAAGAAGAGAUACCAUGUUGACAUCACUCAGUUUGUUUGAAAAAAAAGUUCUGCAAACAGAUUAAAAUAUUUAAUCAAGACAACAGUUUCCUAAUACUGGGUAAAUGUUUAUCAUUGAAGUUAGUUUAUUUAUAGAGUACCCAGGACGUCAAGUGUACGGUAAACAAUAUAUUGACUGUUUUAUGGACCCUUUACUUGCUUCAUUGUCUAACCGUUUGGUUUAUAUAUAAAAUACGUUGUUUGUUGAACAUCUUCCAGGCCAUAAUCCGCUUUCGGGUCAUCCUUCUGUCUGUAAUCUGCUUUCAGAAUUAAUUGUCUAAUUGAGGGAUUGGUGGAAAGUCAAGUGUUCUUGUGUACACUGUAUUGUAUAGACAAUUUCAUGUUAUGACAUUAAUUCUUUAGAUUUGGAUUAAAACACUGUUCUUUUUUGAAAACUACUACAUGACAAUUAUUAUUCUUAGGCUCUAUAUAUAAUGGUUUGACUAAUAACUGAAUGAAACAUAUGGAAAUAAACAGUGUUAGCAGUAAUACCGGAUUGUUAGCAUCUUUCUUCUUGUAAACGUCUUUGGAAUAUAUUCUCUACCAUAGAUAUUGUUGAACUGACGUAAGUCUUUGAACUGUAUGCCAUGUGAUAAGCACCUUAUACAGAUCUAGUCGUGGAAUACAAUAGAGAACAGAUUGAAAACAACAUUGAACUUCGCGCUUCAACAAACAGAAGUUCGUUUUUCUAUUUGUAAUAAGAGAUAAUUCAAAGUAUUAGUGAAGUCUUAAUAUUAAUAUUUGCCAUCAGAUGUAAAAAAAAAAGAGAUAGAAACGUUCGAGAAAUUACAUAUGUAAGAGGACAUCUCGUAAUAGUGCAUAAAAAAGCAGUCACAUCAACACAAUAUUACUGUUUCGUGUCUCGGUAUUUACCACGAACGCUGUAAUAUAAUAUUAUAGGUUAUGUUAACAUAAUUCGUAAUUUAUAGGUUAUGUUAACAUAAUUCGUAAUCUGAUGCAAAUUUUAAAGUGUGUAAACAUUUUACUAACAUCAAAGAACAUUCAUAUGCACAUCAUCAUUAUAAAAGUGGAAAACUAAUAAUUGCAUAAAAACAAAACGUUGACCAUCGAUUUAAAUAUGAUAGCAAUGAUCCGUCAAAUUUGAACAAUAAGUAUAUUAGUAUAAAGUAAACAAUUUGAAAAGUAUAUCAAUACAUAUUGAGGACACCAUUUAAAACUGAUGUGAUCGGUGGAUGAAAUGAUGAACAAGCAAUAGGAUAACAAAUACUAUCACUCUAAGAUGGAAGACUUUCCGUAUUUUAUAAAAGCAAGAUCAAAAGUAAAAGUAACUACAACAGUUCCACGUGGAUGGGAACCAAAAAAGAAAAAGCAUGCUGAUGAUGGCAGAAGGAGAGCAGGAGUAUUGCCUCCAUUACAAGUCAAACGAGAACCCACUUUCCACAGACAACCAAAGGGAAAUACAACUCUGUCUAACCCAGAGGAGGCUGCCGAUGCUCACUGGAAUAAGCAGUACAAAAAGUAUACCGUUGAUGUUGACAAAAGAGUUGUCAAUCAUCUUAGAAGAGUUUUAAAUAAACGAAUAGAUGAUCAUAUGAACAGUUUAACAGAGUCUGAAGACAAAGAAACGCCUGAUAGCUCAACCAGUCAACAUUUCACUAGAAAACCACCGACUAAAAGGCCUGAUAUAUUUAAUCGCUAUAACGAUAUAGAAGUCAUCAAACCAAAGAAACCAACACCUAAAGUGGAAACAAAUGGGAAGGUAGAAAAUGGGAGGGCUUUACCUGAUAUCAAGAAUGAACAUGGACACAAAAAUGGACACUCUGCAGUAACUGUAAACGUUACAAGUACUGACGCUACAGCUGAUGAAGCAGAUGGCAAAGCAGAAAGCAAUGACAUCACGCACAGUAAUUUGAGCGGUGAAGAGGACGAAAUCUUGGAUAUACCAGCAUUCAAUCUUGAAGAUGAUUCAAGUGACUAUGGAGAUUUUAGACAGUGUCAAGUCAGCCCUGUGCCGACUCCAGUAUUACAAAGACCAAUGACGAGAGAACAAACCCGUAUAUCGCACGAAGACAGGGUUUCCGACAUUUUACAUGGAAACGUAAAUAGAUAUUGUUCUGCUCAUAGUAAAACAAUAAGAAUUUACCUGUCUUCUGGAUUUUCAGAUUCGGUAACAGAAAGAUCAGUUCUAAUGGAGAAAGUCUUUCCUCAGCUUCGUAAUUUCUGUGCUGCCAAAGGCUUUGAGUUAGACGUGUAUGAUCUUCACUGGGGUUUGAAAGACUGUACUUUUGACGACCACUCAUUACCUGAGACAUGUCUUAAUACUCUUCAUUCUUGUCUGAGUUCUCGGUAUGAGAUUAAUAUGGUGCUAUUCCUUGGAGAGAAAUAUGGACCUAGCAUAUUACCAGCAAAGAUUUCACAAGAUGAUUUCGAGAAAAUUAUACAGAAAACAAGAAGUUAUACAGAAAAUGAGGUUGAAAAGAUACGAAAACGUUUAAAAGAAAUAGACGACGUAAAAGAAGAACGCGAAAGGGAAGAAAGUGGAAUUACUUCGGAAAAUACUGCAAGUGAUUUAAAUGACAAAGAGACAUCAGUGGAUUUGGCACUUCAAUUAAACUCAGCAAACGACAUGAACAAGUUCAAAUCUCACGCUGAAACAAUCAAACGAGAAGCGGCGGUAGUUAAGGUGUUGCAGGAGAAACACGAUUCUCUUCCCAGUCCUGCCUUAUUGAUGCACUGGUAUAAACUGGAUGAAAAUCAUGUCCCACCUAUUUAUAGACUGCAAAAAAUUAGCUCGGAGUACUCAGAUUUUGUUAAAGGUGACUUUACUAGACGUGAAGCUGGACGAACAUCGUGGAAGGAGGUGGAAGCUAAAAUUCAGUCAGUUCUUAUGCAAAUUGUACCAGAGGUCUUCCCAGAUGAAAAAUCUAGGAGAAAAUUUUCUAGUUCAUUAUUGGAUCUUGAAAUUGAGUAUGGUAUUGUGAACUCUGAAUCAUCGUGUGAUCAUUGUGUUGUCAUUCACCGCACAUUAGAACACAUCACCUCUGGGAUUGGUCAAGAGGCGAAUUCUGACUACAUUGAUGUUGUUAAUAGACGUCUUUCAGACACGAAACACAGUCGGAUCACAGAGUAUCGAGAAAAUAUACACACAAUGGUUUCUGGAGCUAAUGUUUUGCCUUAUGAGAUUGAAUGGGUUGCUGGAGGAAUAAAAACGAGUGGUGGUCGUUAUCAGCAGGUUUACCUCGACAAAAUGUGUAAACAGCUCCAGGAAACUAUACAGAAUCGCCUUUACCAGGAUCUAGAAGCUAUGAAAAAUCAAGAAAACAAGAUGAAAUUAUUUGACGAAGUGUCACAUCAUGUCAGUUUCUGUCAACAGAGAGCAAGAAGUUUCCAAGGUCGACAAGAGCAACUACAGCUUAUAAAAUCCUAUCUGUUAUCAAACUGUCGAUCUCCAUUGGUAGUUUACGGCCCUGGUGGUAGUGGGAAAACAGCUUUACUGUCAAAAGUAGCAAGGGAUACAAAGACGUGGUUCAAGACGGUGGAUGCGAGAAUGGUUAUACGAUCCAUUGGUAAAACAACAUCAUCGGUAAAUGUGCGAACACUUCUCAGAGAUAUUUGUCAACAGCUGUGUUUUAUUUUGGAUGCAGACGAUGAAGACAUGCCGACGGAGUACAAAGGACUCAUGAACUUCUUCAAUCAACUAUUGUCACAAGCAACAGAGCAGACUCAUUUAGUAGUACUCAUUGACUCGCUAGAUCAGCUUACAGAUGAACAUGAUGGGCGCAAGAUGAGCUGGUUACCGAAGAAAUUACCACAUUAUGCACACGUCAUCGUGUCAACUAGUCCUGAUGAAAAAUAUGAAUGUCUCCCACAAAUGAAAAAGAUGUUGCGUAAUGAUGCUUUUAUUGAAUUACCAGAUUUACCGGUUGAAGAUGCAGUUGAAAUAUUAAAUCAUUGGCUGAUGAAAGAUAAUCGUGCUCUUCAACAAUACCAGUUUGAUUUGAUUAUUGACAAGUUCACUGCCUGUCCACUUCCACUUUUUCUAAAAGUCGCAUAUGAUGAGGCGUUGUCGUGGACGUCUUAUAUGGAUCCUGAGCAUUGUAAGUUGAUGGAUACUGUCAAGAAAAUGGCUGGUUUCAAAUUUUCUAAAAUGGAAUUAAAAUAUGGCGAAGCUACCAUCAAACGUGCGUUAGGUUAUAUUGCUGCUUCCAGGAGUGGGUUGACGGAUAAUGAGAUGGAAGACCUUCUGUCACUUGAUGAUGCUGUGAUGGAUGAAGUUACAGUUAGGUAUACACCUCCACGUCGCCAUUUUCCACAAGUCAUAUGGGUAAAAAUCAGAGAGGAGCUUAGUUAUUACCUGACAGAAAGUAAGACGUACAAUAUUAAUACAAUUCGAUGGUCGCAUGGUCAGUUUAACGAAGCUGCAACAGACCGAUAUCUAAAAAACAAAGAUAAAGCACCAUCUUACCACAAGGCAAUGGCUGAAUACUUUAUGGGAGAAUGGGCAGAGAAACCAAAACCGUUCGGUGGAAAUACACGAGGAAGUCUUCGAUAUGUUUCUUCCCAGCCAAUGCAUUUUGAAUCCAAGGCCGAGGAUGAGGAAGUUUUCUACAAUGUAAGGAAAACAAAUGAACUACCAUAUCAUCUUUUGUAUUCACAACAAAUGGAAAAUUUCAAAAGUCAUACGUUAUGCAAUUUUGAGUGGGUUCUUGCCAAGUUGUGUGGCACAUCUCUUAGAGAACUGGUAGAGGAGUAUCAAACAUCUCUUAUGACUGAACCAGGUGACAUGGACAUAAGAACACUGUCAGAUGCCAUACAAUUAUCCGGCGAAGCACUUACUAAAGACCCGAGACAGUUAGCUUCUCAAAUGGUAGGUCGAUUACAAGGAGUUCUAGCCAAAGAUGUUCCGACUUCACCCGGGGACCCACGAAAAUAUCCAUUUUUGCAUACUUUUAUGAACCAAGCGAAAGUGCCGUCUGUGUUAUCCUUAAUUCCAUCAAUUGGAUGUUUGACACAACCUGGAGGUGUACUAUUUGACCUACUUUCUGGACAUACUGAUCCCAUUACAGCAGUGACUUUAACAACAGAUGGAUUAAAAGCGCUCACUUGUUCAAAGGAUAAUACAAUGAAGUUAUGGGAUCUAAGAACUGGAAAAGUAAUGCGAACAAUUGAAAACGUUGGAACAAAUGUUCGAUUAAUUCGUCCUGCUAUGAACAAUGCUUUAAUAGUAACUGUGGAGGGUAGUGUAAUAAAAGUUUGGAAUAUUCGCUACAAUGAACUUGUACUAGUAAUAGAUAAAUAUGUAGAUCCACCGGAAAUUGGAAUUGCUGGUGAAGGGAAAUAUUUGUGUGCAUUGUUUGAUGGCAGUAACAUGUUACGCACUUGGAACUUAGGAAAAAGUGAUUAUCCAAUGUUAUCUUCUGUAACUAUUGACAAUCAUAAAGUAUUUCAAGAGAGAUCUGUUCUAAUUGCCCCAAAUUCGUUUGACGAAAGAAUACUUGUUGCUUUUAGGGGAGCAAACGAAGGAGCAGUUCAUCAUGCCAGAACAGGGAAACAUAUGCACACACUAAAGUGCAGCGAGGAUUCCUCCUCUGUUACAAGUCUUGGUAUUACAAGAGACUACUAUAUUAUGGCAUGCAGACAACAUUUUAUGAAACUUCAUGAAAUAUUUCAGCUAGAAUUGUUUGAGCAGAAAAAAGGUCGAUACCUCCGUAGUGUCCGUGGUUGUAUACAUGAUCGCAUAACUGAGAUGCAUUUGAAUUAUAUCGGAUCUCAUGCCAUUUGCAUAAAUGCAAACGAACAAACAAGUACCACCGAUAUAGCAAUCUGGAACGUGGAAACCGAAGACCACAAGCAUUUAGCCCGUCACUCGGGUGUAUCUACGAUGGGAGCUUGUUCAGAUUUUAGGUUCUGUCUCACUGCUAGUAAAAAUGACCGUUCUUUGCACAUAUGGAACAUAAGUGCAAAAAUAAAUCAGAGUCAACCUAAAUUAAAGAAAAACCUUGGCGUUAAUCAAAUUGUGCCAAUGGUUGACAAUCCAAGAUAUGUGGUCGCCCGACAAAUGAACAAUGGUCCUGUAAGCAUUUGGAAUGUUGCAAAAGCAAAAUGUUUGGACAAGGCUGUCCGAAUAGAAAGGGGGCUCUCGGAUUCAUCCGAUGUUGUCCUGAUUCGGAAUACAAGAGUCAUCGUAUUGACUGAUAAGGGAUUCUCUGCAAAUACAGAUUCAUCAAGACCGGUCUUUAAAACUCUUCUAACAUAUGACCUUCAGUCAAAACGCUUUAUACGCAAAUUAGACAGUUGCUUCAUCCCGCCAUUACCGGCGCAUGAAUAUGUGCUCCUUGAUGAUGACCGUCUCCUUAGUUUAUCUGAUUCUAGAAAUCAUUUUGUUAUUUGGAACAUGAAUACCAGAAACCCAGAUGACAGAAUCAGGCCAAACUUUGCAGAUAUAGAAAAGAAAAGGGGAAUUGGAGUUAAGGAAAAUUCCUUCCUUAACAAACCUGGUCUUGGAGUAACAAUGACGCCAUGGGAUCGUAGAUCCGAAACAUUAUCGGCGAAAAAGAGGAGACAGCAAAAGGAAAUGGAAGUUGAAAAGAAAAGAAUAGAUGAACUGAAAAAUGAAAAAGACAAUAACAUUGAUCAAUACGUCAUAAGCGGAAACCAUCGUAUUAUUGUAGCGUCUUUCUUUGCUCAUCAUAUGUGUGUUUUUGACAUAGUCGACAAAAAACAUGUGCAGACUAUGGUGAGUGAAACUUCAAUGUUGUUUUUACAUGUGUCCGCUAUCACACACGAGGGCGAUUACAUAGUUCAUGCAAAUUACGACGAGGAAAAUAAGAUGAGUUUUGUCACUUUGUGGGACUGCACGACUGGAAAUGUUAAAAAAAGAUUGAAAAAUGAAAGUGACGUUAUGGCAUUGGGAAUCACAGACAAUGCGUCACGUGUGAUCAUAGGCAGAGGAAAGAAUGAACUGCAUAUAUGGGAUCCUAUGUAUUCCAGGUCUUUGCAAAAGAUAAAAGGUUAUCGUGGGUUAGAGUUUAGCACUGAGAGUAAAAUAUUCGUCAUAAACGAGGGAAAGCGAGCUGUAGUGUAUGCUGGAGAUAUUUCUAUUUGGGAUAUUGAAAAAGCAUCUGUCAUAGCCAUUUUCACACCAGACAUGCGUAUAAACUGUGUAAAUAUAGCUCUGAACGGUCAGCUUAUAACAUUUGGUUUACAAGUAGUCCCUGACGUCGUUGUUCUUAAACUUACGUCAAAGAACACAUUGACAAUGUUAGAGCAAGGUGGGGAAGAUAUGUUUGGUGAAGCUCCAGAUGAGUCAUCAGAAGAGGAAGAAGAGGAAGAAGAUUAUGACUAAUAAUAUAAAAAGUUUGUUCGGAAGUUAUUCUCAAACAAGAGAAACAGCAAAAUCUCAAAAACAUAUGUUAACUCGUACAUAAUAUAUAAGGAGAAGGUAUGAGUCAUUAGCUGUCCUUUAAAAUUGCAAAAUACAUUUUUUUAUGAUUAAAGAUUUCCCUUUUUCUUUCUUAAUAUGUGAUUUUGUUUUUAUUGAUAUGUGUAAUGUUGUUGCCUAUAUAAAUAGUAAUUUGAAGAUCACAUUUUAUGUAAUUUUGGCAGAUUUUACUUCUUUUUCUUAAAUGCAAGACGUUUCAAGAAAGAUCUACGCAAGUUUCAUAGGAAAAUAUUGAUUCAGAUAUCUUGCAUACUUGUGCACAUUUAAAGGAUGAUAUUUGAUAUACUCAUAAUACAUUUUGAGUUUCGAGUUCAAAGCGAUAUGAACUGUGGCUUAUCAUACCUUCUUCCUUCAUGUGCAUAAUAUUUUAAUGUUUUUUUCUUGAACACUUUAGUACCAGCUUGUCAUUGUUCAUUGGCAAAAUAUCACUUUUCACCGUUCUGUUUAUAAAAUCAUCCGUAGAAAUGGCACUCAAUUCUAUGUAUAUGUAUCAAAAGUUUGUCUUUCAUGUCAUCAUUGUCGAUAAUCAUUUAACGUCAGUAUUGCAUGUUAAGUCUUGUUGGUGGCAUCUAUUAAUGAUGAAGUCAUGAUUGUCAGAAUAAAUGUCUUCUGUUUAAUCGUAAAAAACUAAAUCCCGAUUCAGUAUUGACACAAAAACUGUGUUGACAUCUAACUGAACAGUAUUGGCCAAGAAACAGUAUUAACAUAUUGUAAGUAUUGACACAACUGUAUUGAUGUCUUGUCAUUACUGAUUCAGAAACUGUGUCGACAUCUUAGUCUGUGUCAGUAUUGAUACAGACACUGUGUUAACAACUUCUUGGUCAUUUUUGAUAAAGAGAUUGGACACAGAAACUGUGUCUACAUCUUAGUUGACAGUAUUUAAUACUGUUAUGAAAUGCCUGUCUUUAAAUAUCAUUUUGUUGUUAUUUUUUUGUGUAAUCAGCUCGUCCAGAAUUAUUUAUUUAUUUUUAUAGUCAGCCUUUGUCAAUCAAACGUUCAAUAAUAUUGUAGAAACAUAGUAAAGUGAUGUUUUGCUUUUAAGUACGGUAUGUUUUGGUAACUCUCUUUUUUUUUUUAUUAUUUCUUAGUUUUCGUAAGUUCGGUAUGCCGUUGGUAGGGUCAACAGUUUAUUUACAUUUUCUAAGUAAAAGUUUGAUUGCAUAUUCAACGGAAAAUUAAUCUGAAAGAUUUUUUUAACUGGGUGUAUAUAGUCGCAAUUUCAAUUUUUCAACUGCUUAUGUGAUCCCGUAGCAUAUGUCUUCUGAAAUUUUGUAUUAAGUGUAAAGCAAGUGCAGUAUAAUUUAAAGAAAAAUAUUACCACCCAGUUCGACGAUUGACUAUCACUUUCAUUUGAUAUUGGGAAAAUAAAAUAUUAUUAGGCGCACAAGUACCAAAUAAUUGGCUUCAACAUGCCAGCUUUUAUUACAAUAAUACUUCAUGCUGAUUUCUUUCUGAACAGUAAUUAUUUUGUUAUUGCUUUGUGUUCUUAAAAAUGUAUUGCCUAUAAUUUGAAUAUUUUUGUAGUUAUUACUAAUUAAUGAUAUGGAAAGGAUGUUAUGUAACACGCUCGACUAUUUCAAAGGGUUAUUGCGAAGCGUGACAAAGGAUAUUAGACAUUUUCACAAAAUUUUCAGCAAGUAUUGUUUUCAAUAUUUCCACCUUCUUGUUAGAAUAAAUAAGGAUUGUAGUUUAAUAACCUUUGAAGCAAUAUUUACAACAAAUUAAAUAUCAAAUAAUUUUGUCAUUGCCAUAUAAGUUUCAUAUUUUCUACUAAAACCUAACAUUUUCAUAGUCAUAAAUUUCACCAUCGACAAUCCUUUUUACUUUGUUGUAUGAAGUAGGCGUAUAUUCUAAUGUUAUGGCCCAUAAGAAGUAUGGUGCGGUUAAAAGAAUACUUUUCUUCAUUCAAUUCAAGUUAGAGGUCAUAAUUUGUAUAGUCAGAUUGUACCAAUAAGAAACAUGUGUAGGUUAUUUUUUUUAUCUACUUGUAUACACUAAUUGGUGCUACAAUAUUAUCUGUGAUAUUAUUACAUGUAUAUUUAAUUUAUAUAUCAAUGGCACGUGUAAGCUUUUGUAUGAUCUGAAAUGCUUUAAAUUCUUUAUUCUUCUAUGAUGGAAAAACAUGGUUUUACGGAUAAUAAAUACACAAAAAUAUCCCUAUAAAUGACCGGUGUGUCCUUGAAAGGUCUUGCACAUAGGUCUGUUACAUGUAUGUUGACCACCUUAAUCUGUUAAAAUAUAGAUCAGCAUUAAAACCAAUGUUCCUUAAUUUAUGUUUAUUUAACAUUUUAUCGUUGAGUUAAAAGUUUUUUUUUCAUUUAAUGUUUUUUUUAGAUAUUUAAAAUACUUUGAUGAAACACUGUUGUGUUUCCAGUUAAAAAUCCGUCGUUUUUUUUUACAAAUUUAAGCAAUAUGUAUGCACGCAAUGUAAUAUAUUUUACACUUUAUAAUUGAAGAUUUACGCAAUAAAUUGUUUAAACAACG